AUGGCCACUCAAACAACGCAGCUGAACUUGCCUCUGACAGCCUCGACCGAACCUCUGGAGCAAUAUUUCUUCUACGUGACCUUUGGGCUCACCCAAGAACAAGUGGACCGCCAAUUUGCCAUCGCCAAAGAGUUCUUCUCUCUCCCCGAGGGAGAAAGUCGCAGUUUCCGGGCCCCGCUGGAAGAAGUCAUCUACAAUGGCUACAGGGCUCUGGGCUCGAUCGAAAUUCUCCCAGGCCUACGCGAUAACAUCGAGUUCUACAACAUCAUGAAGUUCCUCCCCCAAUAUGAGCGAACUCACCCCGACGCUAUCUGGCGACACUGGGCGGAGAUUGAGAGGUUCCUUCGCCAUGUGCACGAACACAUCGCGUACAGACUAUUACCCCUGGUAGCAAUUAUUCUGGAGAUUCCCAAGACGAACUCGAAAGGGGCCACAUGUAUGAUUCCAACUGCGAAAGCGGCCUGCGAUACAUGUGCUACCGUGCGCGCUCCGCUGACAAGAACGAGAACUACAAGAGCCUCUAUUCACGAGGUCACACAGACAACGGUACCAUUACAUUUGUCUUCCAGCAGCCCCGUGGCUGGGUUGCAGGUCAAGAAGUAUGAUGACUCGGAGUGGGAAUAUCUGCGGAUUCCUCCGGGAACGAUAGCGGUCAAUAUUGCUGAUCUGCUAUCCAUUCUCUCGAAUGGAUAUCUGAAGAGCGGGGUGCACCGCGUCAUUACCCCUCCUGAGGAUCAGCAACACUUGGAUCGGAUGGGAGUGCUGUACUUUGUCCGUCCGAGUGACCGCCUGAAUCUAAGGACGGUGGACAGCCCACUUUUCGCGAAGGCUGGGUUACUACAAAGAGGGGACCAACGAGAUCAACAUCCCUGCGCCUGA